AUGACGGUCUACCCCAUGAACUGCAACUGCAACUACUGCGAUGGACUGGACCACUUCAUGAGCUGUUGCCCCCAUGUGGACAAAGACAUCAAGGCCGGAAAGGUGUACCGUGACAAGAAUGGUCGCAUCCGACUGCCCGAUGGGGGGUACGUUCUGAGGGCGCUCCCUGGAAACAACAUGUGGGAUCGGGUCAACUCCUGGUACUCCCAGCACCUCGGAUCAUCUGUUCCGGGAGCGGUGCAGUCCGCUGCGACUCCGCAAUCAAGGGACAAGCCACCGCACCAAGUCAAUAUACUCGAGGAAGUGCGCAAGGUCAACAUGGCAGUCAUCGAUGAGUCACGGGUCAUGGACAGAACAGAGCAUUUCACUUCCAGGGGGGUUCUGGCCUCACAGUCCACCUAUGGGUAUCGCACCCCGAUCGAAGACAAGAAGAACAUCCCUGGAAUAGUCAGGAAGAUACUCGAUCUGCCCGUAAUGGUCACUAUCAGAGAGCUCAUACAACACACUCCAGAACUGCAGAAACACCUCAAAGAGCUGAUCACCCUGAAGCGAGUCGCAAUGACUGCUUGGGUCAAAGAAGUCACGGAUGAGGAUGAAGCCGGAGCGGGCGAGAAGAGUGUGUUUCUGACGGCAUCCAAGACAAUGUUGCCAACAAAGGGGUCGCUCCCGCUCUGGGUUGUCGAGCCAAUCAUCAAGGACACACUUCAGUGCGAAUGUAUUCUGGACCAGGGCGUGCAGAUAUGCGUCAUGCAGGAGGACGUCUGGAAAGACCUCAGAGCCCCACUCAACCCAGAUGGAGCAAUCCUGCUCGAGACUGCGAACACCUCGGUAAUGAAGACAGUCAGAAAGCUUCCGUGUGUUCAGCUCCAGUUCAGCUCAGUCAUCAUUGCGGUACAAGUUCAGGUGAUGCACCAUAUGUCAUUCGAAAUCCUCUUAGGGUGGCCGUUCUUUGCUACAGCGGUGUGUGAGACUAGAGACUUUGCCUCUGGAGAGCAGCAAAUCACAAUUACAGACCCACACUCAGGGGAACGGGUCGUGGUACCAACAAAAGUGUGGACCGUGCAGCGAGAGGUCGAUCCAAACCUUGUGGGUUUUCAUGGGUCGAUGAAUUGGGUGUAG